AUGGGGACCCAGGGAAGAGUUGUGCUGUUUUCACUAUUCCUGACCAGGACCGGGCUGCUGGCCCUCGGCCCCCAGGAUCUUUCCACAGUGGAGCCAGUGCCCACACUAAACCUGAGUUUUGACGCGAGAACGUGGACAUUAGCCUGGGUGUGUGUGGACAACAUCACAGUCCUGAAUUGCACCAUGUUGCACAGAGAAUACGGACCAGUGACUGAGAAGCCCUUGGAGAAUCAAUGCAGUUGUGAGUUCAAGGACUACCCAUUGCACAGAGGAGCCCUCUUUAUUGUUAAUGCAAGCCUGGGACAUCGGUGGUUUAAAGAAGAGCUGGAAUACACAAAUCCAGGCACAGAAGGGACGGCCGCCGCAAACUUCUCCUGCUUUAUUUUGGACGAAGACUUUAUGAACUGCACCUGGACAAGAGGCCAGUGGGCUUCGGACGAGGUCCAGUACUUUUUGUACAUCCGAGGCGGAGAAGACACAGAGGUGGAAUGUCCACAUUACAUCGAUGACCGGGGGACUCAUGUCGGCUGUCACAUCCACCACCUCUUGGGAUCAUACUCUGACUUCUAUUUCCUGGUGAACGGGACCAGCCCAGAAUCGAAGAUCCCAUUCUUUGAUGCUUUUUUGACAAGGAGUGAGAUGCAAAUGUAUCGUCCACCUACAAACAUCUCUGUGACGUGCAACCGUACACACUGCCUCGUGACAUGGGAACGGCCCAGCACUCAGAAGCUCAUGUCCACCAGGGAGCAGGACUUUGAUGUGGACAUCCGAUCAAAGGGGAGUCCAGACAGUGAUCACAGCGAAAUAAAGGCAACUGUUUCUGGGGAUGAGGGGGAUAUGUUCUCUUUUCCGAUCAGCCCCAGAACCAGCUACAUGGUGCGGAUAAGAGCCGCCAACUCCCGGACAGAGCCACAGCGGUGGGGAGCCUGGAGCCAGCCUGUGGGGUUUGGGCUUGAAGAACAAGAACCUCACUCCGCCUACAUCUACAUUCUCGUGGUCCUGGGGACCCUGUCUGUGGCCCUAUCCCUCUGGGUCCUCUGUAAAAGGUCCCACCUCUUGCACAACCUCUUCCCUCCAAUUCCCAAGAUCAAAGACAAGAUCCGAGAUGGUCAGCAGGUCAACUGGGCAGCACCUCCGCUGAAUGUAGAGAAAUUGGCAGACAAGGAAGUGCUCACCAUAGUGGAAGAGUUCUCGUGA